AGUUAGGCGGGCCGUUUACCGUCCACAGGGGUCCCUUAUCUCUCCACGAAAGCGCAAGACUAACGAAUAUGUGUGUGUGUUUUGUUCAUGCUUUGUUAAAACCGAUUAUAAAUCAUUUGAUACAAAACAAUCAAAUGAGCUUUACAAUUCUAAUCUGCUUUAAUCCUGGUCCCUCUGUAAAAUAUGUUAGUAGUACUUGUGAAAUUGUUGAUCAUUUAAUGUGCAUGAAAUUUGUUAUAAGAAAACAUAAAUAAAAACAUUACAAUCUGAGAAAUUUUAUCGAGCGUGAUUCAUUGUACAGAGGCGCGUUACGCGCGCAUUCUGUAAUUCAUGUUAAAUACAGUUUGUAUCCUACGUUUAUCAAGAAAUACAAAAAUAGACAAUCUGUAGCAAAUUAAUGAUAUUUUAUAAACAGCCGUUAACACCAACUGCCCUUCAUGAAGAAUAUUUUACUUUCCAAUGUUGGGUAUCAUUAUUUUGACACCAAUGACAUGACAAUAAUAACUUCGUUCAUACGUUGCAUGUUGAAUAACGCAGCAUCGCCAUCUUCUGGGAAAGCUUACAUGGUUCGAGGUUUUCACUUCUCCCCUUCCUCUGCUUUUCAAGUUCACAUGUAGGCGAAGGUUCUGCUGACAGAAGCACUUCGAAAAGUAUCAAGUUAUAAAGGGUUGUUUUAAUUUUGUCUUUCUACUCCUCGGUAAGGGUCGUUAACAUUAAGUAGUGUAUAUUUACACGCCGUUUUCGUUAAAACAGCCACACUUCAUUUUCUCCCCAGGCUGAACUACGCAAAGCAUCCUUAAAAAUCGUGCUCACCAUCAGGCCAAUAACAUUUUCAGACGUUUUUCGUUCAUCUGACGAUUGUACAAAUAUCUGUAGAUGGACAGAAAAAAUGUGUUGAGUUUUUGAUGGCACAGCACUUCAAUUUGUGACACGAAACUGACCUUUUUGCCUCGCUGCACGUGCAUAGCAUAAAAUUGCAAAAAAUAAAUCUUUGGUCCAAAAUAAGAACUUUUCUGGUUUGGACCCUGGACUUUGAAUGCACCUGAAAAACGUCCUGGCAAUUAAAGCUCUCAUAUGGCGAGUGUCGCCACACUUGGUGGUAUUUAUUAUUUUGUGUCGUUCAGAUGAAAAAACAUUCGUGUCCCCAAUUCUCCUUUAGUUGACAAGGUGUAUGAUAAUAUAAUAAAGAAAUCCUGAUUAUCUUGGAAGAAGAAGCGCAAUUCCGGGACCUCAGACUGCUGAUUGUUGUCGUUCCUGCUUCAAAAUGAACAUGGCCGUGGCUGAAAUCCGCCUUACGCAAAGUCUCUGCAACAGUAACAAUAUAAUUUGUCUCUUUAUCAGGUACCCAACAAUUAAAAAACGUCACUGUCAAUGAGUUGCUGCGCGUGAACCUUCCAAAAGUCAUGGCACCGUUGAUUUGUUUAUCUUUAUUUUGACAAAUUGGUUGUAAAUGUUACCCUCCAACAUAGUUUAAAUAUAGACCAAAUGUUAUCAUUAUAUUUGUUCUUACUGUAAACAUCAGUUGAUACGCAGAUAUAUGUUUAUGUUAAUAUUAAUUGCACAUAAAAACGGCUUUACAACAAUUGCACAUUUUUUGUUGUUGUUAGAUGGGCGGGCACGAACGUUAUUUUAAGUGUUCCUCAACGGCAGGAACCAAACAGCUCAUUUUGUUUGUAAAAGUAAACAGGUGCAAUUUGAAUUGAUUCAACGAAAAUCUGUACAAGGUGGUAAAACAGUUAUUGGGGUGGAGCUGUGCACGGAUGAACUAAAGUGUAGCUCAAAUAUCGUAGUUACCACUUACAUUAUAACUUAUCUUCCUUAUAACUUACUUAAAUAUCUUUAGCAUCCUUUUAUUUCGUGUCAUUUGGUUCUGUUUAUGUACGCGGUUUAUUUUUUGUAACGGCGAAAAAAAGUCUUCAAAAAAGUUUGGGAUUAUUGAAUAUGUUUUUUUAACAUCUGCUUGAUUAAAUGUAUUAAUUAAAGCUGAAAACUAGAUACACUGUUUUAACAGAUAAGUCCGUUGACAUCACCUUCACAUCUAUAGUAGUUUAUUUUUAAAGCAGGUGAAAUCAUGGAACUGUCGAAAACGAUACAUAGCAGACACAUUAUAUCUGUUGUCCAAACUACGACGCAAUCAAAAUGAGAGAAAAUAUGGCAGAAUCUACGUCACUUUCAUAUGCUCCUACGUCACUACCCUCCUCUCGUGUCACUGUUUCUCAGCAGCAGGCUACUUUUUCCUGUAGCUGAACAGUACUGUACAGCGGGGUACGCCGUGGGCUUCCUAGAGCGAAAAUUCAUAGUGCACACUGUGAAUAACGGCUGAAUAACUUUUUUCCUUGUGAAUGAGCUAUUCUUGGCAGGUAAAGCGAGAUCCUUCCCUGAGUGGAGUGGAGUGUGACAGCUGAGCCACGCGCAGGUUUAUAGAGACAUGUGAUUGGACAGUUCUGAAAAUAACGGUUUUGUUAUCUUUCAAAACAUUAAACGCACGCACUGCAGCGUGCCAACGUUCAGAGCUCAUAAAUUUGUCAAACGUCCUUUGAACAGACAUAACACGACCACCUUAUCUAUGCCAUCCCCUGCACCUUAAAAUUACUUUGUGGGAAAUCCGUUAUUCGAAAUUAUUUGACAGUCAACUCCCGCUACUACUGCAUUUCAACGUUUCUGAUUAUUACAAGUUUUCAAACUAGUGUAAAUCUAAAGCAGAAAAGGAUGAUCAUGAUGAAACAGUCCGCCCACUUUACCUUCUUUUGCUCCCUUUAGCUUGACAUCGGCUUACUAGUCAUCCCAAUGGACACAGACGUGAUGCUAGUCAAAAUAAAUAUUUUCAGCAAUAAUCCCAUAAAAGUAGGGAUGUUUGGUGAAGCAGUUCCACCGCAUAACCGCGAACGCAUCACGCGCUCUUUUAUUGGACAGAAACCGCGCGCGCCAGUUACUAGGGCGCUCCGCAAAGGCAAUCAUGGCGCUUGUUGCUGUGCAGAUUUCAUCACCGUCGAACUUCAGAAAAACAACAAGCAGAAGUUAAUAAAGACGUCAAGUAUUACUGAGAGUGACACACACGAACUGUUCAAAUGUUUACAUUAUUCUGGUGUUACUGCGAAGGCAUUGAAAACAUGAUAAUACAAGUGGCGUUAUAUUUUCGUUUUUGUAAGCAGAUCGUCCUUUGCAGAGGCUCCCUUACUUUCUAGCGCUGAGGUUGUUGCUAUGCAAAACUUUACAGUGACACUGGGCAGGUUAAAGCUUUUAAUGUCAGAUCAAUUCUGAUCUCAUCUCAGAUUUGCGUCCACACUUGCACACAAUGCAUGCUUUCACAGAGACAUUUAUCAUUUUACAUCAUAACGUCUAACCAUCACCGAACCUUAUUCUACUUACCUUUAUGAUCUGUCCGUUGACAAAUAGUGCAAACACGCCGUCUUACACCAACAACAUAGCCAACAUUACUUGAUUAUUAACUGGCAUUAUUGUAAUUAUUGUGGUUACUUGUUCCAGUGCUAUAAGUUUGUCCUGACAGUUGCACACUAGAGGUCACUGUUGUGCUUUCCUGAAAAUUGUAGAAAAAACCCACUCACGGAAUUCUGCUGUUUACGUCAUAUCCGCUUCCCUAACGCCUUAGAGGAAUAAACAUGACCUCCGUUGAUUUCCAGUCCAAAUAACCUCUUAUAACUAAAUUUUAAACAAAAUUGAAGUUUAAGACCAUCGUUGUCCGUGGAAGACCAUUAUGGCGUCUUUGUUUUCGUGGUGUUUUGGCUGUUGCGGUGACGGCGACAGUGGCCACGUAACACUAAAGGAAAUGCCCACGGUUCACCUGGACACUCAUUGCAUGGGUACUGAUGUUGUGAUUGUAAAGAGUGGUAAACGCAUAUGUGGAACUGGUGGCUGCAUUGCAAAUGCACCUCUCCAUCAAAACAAGAGCUACUUUGAGUUCAAGAUCCAGUCCACAGGUGUCUGGGGCGUUGGAGUGGCUACUCAGAAAGCAAACCUGAACCAGGUCCCCAUGGGGAGAGACGCACACAGCAUUGUGCUUAGGCAAGAUGGCACUGUGUACUACAACAAUGAGGAAAAGAACCGAUUACCUGCCAACAGCUUACCACAGGAAGGAGACAUUGUGGGUGUUACCUAUGACCACGUGGAGAUGAAUUUGUACCUAAAUGGGAAGAAUAUGAACUGUCCAGCAUCUGGCAUUAGAGGAACUGUUUAUCCUGUUGUUUGUGUGGAUGAUAGUGCGAUAUUGGAUUGUCAGUUCAGUGACUUCUACCAUACACCUCCACAAGGCUUUCAGAAGAUUCUUUUCGAGCAACAGAUUUUCUAAAGUUCAUGCUGUGCUGUAUAUACACUCAAGAUAUGGCCGGGACUUGAAGUGCUAUGUUUUUCACUGACAUCUAACGGUUCUUUAGUUCAGAAUACUGAAAAGGGCAGCACGUUGAAGUAGGAUUGUUAUACAACUGAUGCUGACCACUGCUCGGUUAAUAAAUAUGUCAUCUUUUGUUUUCUUGGAGAACUCAAUGCGUGAUAUCGGCAGUGCACUUCAAUUUUAAAAUGUCUGUUCAGAACAUACAUAUUCAUCAGCUAUUUGCACUACAUCUUACACUGUACAUUUACUGAUGUAUUUGCAUCCUGUUGUUGUGGGCAUAUAGGUUUGUGGCUGGUUUGAAUUUAAACAAGAAUGUGUUAUAUCAGAGUAAUGAAUAACAGCUGACAAUCAGGGCUGUAUACUUAAUGCAUUUCAAAUGAACAAAGUGAAUUGUCAAAGCUCUUCAUUUUAUUAGUCUGUCUGAUGAUGUUGAUACGCUCAGUGUAACAAAGUUUAACUGCCAUGCUGACCACCAUCAUAUUCAUCAUAGUGAGUGUCUAAUGUAAACUCUACACAACAUCUACAUUUGUGUUUUUUUAAUGUAUUCACUUUUGAUAUACGUUUUAUUUUAGGUCGUGACAACAGUGUGCACAGAACUUAGUGUGACUUAACAUAUUUAAUGAAUAUGAGACCAACGGCAGGAUAAGAACUGUAAAUGUUAUUUAAUAUUUUUAAAUGAGCGAAAAGAUAUGAUUUUAAAUUGUAUGUUACGAAGAAUUAUGAUUGUUGAAUUGAAUUACAAAGUAGUUUUUAAUACAUAAACCAAAACUAGAACGAAACGGUUCUAAUAGCAUUCAUUGAUAUUUUGUGAGUCCCAAUCUGACAGGUAUUUUGUGUUUUUUCUUUAGGUAAUAAAUAUUUUGCUUUUUCGUGUGUAUAAAUGUGUCCGUGUUUUAU